AAAAAUAAUGCUAUUAAUAAAAAAAUACUUUGAUAAAAAUGCAUGAAUAAAGUUAUAUUUUUUAAAAAAAUUAAAUUAUAGUGAUCUUUUUGUAUAAAUAUCUAUUUUAAUUAUAAAAAAAGGUUUUAAAAAUCAUCCUUGCUGCCAUAUAUCUUAUGCUUCCCUUUACAAGUUGAAUUCAAAAUAAUCCAUCACAAUAUUAAUUUUUAAGCACUGCCACAACACGAGUAAGCUGAAAUGCAGAUUAGUAUUCUCUAUUUUGCUCCAUAUACUAAAAAAAACUAAGCUCAAACAUGAGUUCAAUCUCAAAAUGAAGUCAGAUUAAUGAUUGAGAUCGAACAAUAUAUAUACCAGUGAUGCUUUUGAGAGCUAAAUGAAAUCUCAACACUUGAUCAUUUAUUUAAUUACUUGUAAUGUUAUUACAAAUACGAGCUUGAUUAUUUCAAGAUUCUGUAAAUUUGUUGUGUAUAAAUGACGAUUUAUAUCCAAUCUCUAACAACAUAGACUUAGAAUUUCAAGUAUUUCAUUUAGCUUAAUCAAACUCGAAUCCCGAACCUUGAAUUUUCAGCACGUAAAUAUAUGCGAUAAUGGCCUUAUUCAGCCCUGUCGAAUUAUACAAAAAGAAAGCAAAUCUACCAACAGUUUCAUGGUCUGAUGAUCGAAAUGAGAUGCCCCAACAAAACUGGGGUUUGAGCUGAACUUUUAUAGAAAGGCGAGGCCUGCUACUUUGGCCUCAAACAGCCAGACAUGCCAAGAAGAAGAUGGCAAAUUUGUUCCCUUUUUUUUUCUUAGAAUGGAACAGGCGAAAGAGGGGGUGGCAUUUAAAGAAAAAGAGGGCCAAAGAAGGAAGCUUCAAUUGGGUCAUAAAGACAGGUCCAGUACUGAAAAUGGUCAUCUUCUAACGUUAUUAUCACACCAAAAAGAAGAUUCCAAGUUUCUCUCUUUCUCUGACUUCUCUGCUUUUGUGAAGUUUGGUGAUGCAGAUAAUCGACCUUGAAGUGCAAAUGGGAACCCUGUUGAUGUGCUUUUCCAGUUGUUUGUGCUUCUUCCUUCUUGUUAUUCUCCUCAAGUUUCUUAAUAAAGUAUGGUGGGCUCGAACUCGAGUUCAGUCUUUGAUGAAGUCACAAGGAAUUGAAGGUCCUCCUUACAGAUUCCUGUACGGAAGUACCACAGAGAUUCUCAACAUCAUCAAUGCAAUGGAUGGCAGUUCCCAGGAGCUGUCACACAAUACAUUCGCUAGAAUUCUUCCUCAUGCAUAUUCUUGGGUCAAGGUUUAUGGGAUGAACUUCCUCUACUGGUAUGGUCCUCAACCUCACUUGAUGGUCACUGAACCUGAGCUGGUUAGACAGAUAUUGAGCAAUAAAGAUGGAGCUUACCAAAAAAUCCCAGUUGAAACUCAUGUAAAGAGGUUGCUAGGUGAUGGACUUGUAACGUCAAGUGGCGAAAAGUGGUUUAAAAUGAGGAAACUGGGAAACCAAGCUUUCCAUGGAGAGAGCUUGAAAGGUAUGAUUCCAGAUAUGAUUGCUAGUGUUGAGGUGAUGCUCAAAAGAUGGAGAAACCAUGAAGGCAAGGAGAUUGACGCGUUCCAGGAAUUCAAGGUUUUGACAUCAGAAGUAAUAUCCAGGACAGCUUUUGGAAGCAGCUACUUGGAAGGGCAGCAUAUAUUUGAUAUGAUAAUGAACAUGAUUGACAUUAUUUACAGAAACAAUUAUAGAAUCAGCAUUCCUUUCAUUGGAAAAAUUUUCAAAUCAAGCGAUGAUAUUGAAUCAGAGAAUCUGGAGAAAAGAGUAAGGGAGUCCAUCAUAAAGAUGAUGAAGAAAAGAGAGGAAGAGGCAACGUCUGGACAACUGGAUGGCUAUGGGAAUGAUUUCUUUGGACUACUUUUAAAGGCCUAUCAUGAUCCAGACAAUAGCAAGAAAAUAUCAGUGGAUGACCUAAUUGAUGAAUGCAAGACCAUAUAUGUUGCUGGACAGGAAACAACAACAAGCUUGCUCUCUUGGACUGUUCUUCUUCUAGCCAUUUGCCCAGAUUGGCAAGACAAGGUACGGAAGGAGGUGCUUGAGCUAAUUGGCCAACAGAAUCCAAGUCCAGAUAGCAUGACAAAAUUGAAAAUUAUGAGCAUGGUUAUCAAUGAAUCUCUACGGCUAUAUGCUCCUUCUAAUUACUUGGCAAGGAAAGUUGACAAGGAAGUUAGACUGGGGAACUUAAUCCUACCAGCUAACAUGGAAAUCUACAUGUCGACUCUAGCCCAUCACUAUAAUCCUGAAAUAUGGGGAGAAGAUGUUCAUCUUUUCAAACCAGAAAGAUUUGCAGAGGGAGUGGCUAAAGCUACAAACAAGAGUAUUGCUGCAUUUUUUCCAUUUGGGAUGGGGCCUCGAACUUGUUUGGGCUUCAACUAUGCCAUUAUAGAAGGAAAGAUUGCACUCUCCAUGAUCCUGCAGCGUUACAGGUUCACUCUUUCGCCAACUUAUGUCCAUCACCCAGUUCAUCUUCUCACAGUGUGUCCAAAGCGUGGUAUUCAAGUCAUUCUCCAGCAAUUAUAAGCAUGGUUUUUAAGCCAUCCUCACACUCUGCACCUUGCUUUAUUAUGUCUAUAUCAAAUUUCUUGUAUGUGGUUUAAACUUUCAGAAAUAAUAGACUGAAUGGCUUAGAACUUUUUAUUCUUUUAA